AAAUCACAUUUCUUCCAUGUCAGAUCUGUUCUCUGGCUAUCAUCUAUCACGUAUGCUUCGAGAAGACGGCCUGUUUUGCCAUUGCCUUUUCAUGAUCUGCCGUGUAGUUGACGCCCCAACACGUGGUACAUUAUUGAACGUCCGGCGAAAGCAGAAACAACGUCGUUCCGGUCAUUAUCAGGCAACCAGGGCGGUCCAGGAAAGGUGGUAGCCGUUUCCCAGCAGCGUCCUCCUCGGCGCGCAGGUUUGCUACCAGUUACAUCUUCCCGCCCAUGAUUGGGACUUAACUUUGUAUCGACCAUGGUUCUAACACAAAAGGUUUCCACACAUUUUUAUGCGAGCUACCGAACGGUGAAUGGUAUUGUUCAGAGGACUCUUGCCGCAUAACCAUCACGAAGCAGAUUGGACUCCGCCGUGCUCAAACGUUCAUAGGCAAAGCGACCCAAGUAAGAUGAUGCGCACACAAGCCUCAACCACAUCGGGCUCAGAAGAUCCCCGGAGAUACUUCGACAGAUCUAAGCUCAAGCCUCGCACCUACCACGAUCUCCCGGACGGGCUGAAGCUCAACAUCUGGGAGGAGUCGAUGCAGACCAGGAGGGACACCUCGAACAAGUUCAUCUGGGACGUCAACUUCACAGACGGCGACGCCGUCAUCGUCGGCACGGCCCCCCUGAGCAGGCUAGACCUCUACAACGCUGGCCGCGGCCAGAUCGCCGAUCUGUUCUGCCAGUUCGACGCCAGCUCGCGCCGCGUCCUGCUGCGCCACUUCCAGCCCAUGGCCACGAACGUCCAGACCAGCAGCACCACCAACACCCGCGUGUGCGUCUUCGUCGACCCCGACCGCGACGCCUUCUACCUGCACGGCCAUCCACCGCGGAUCCGGAGGGCCCCGCCCGCGCGGCUCACAACGCACGGCGGCGCCGGCGCCUCUACCGCUGCCUACCUCACCCUGGGCGGGGUCUGGCUGCCCGGCGGCACGAGCAUGGCGGGCGCUCACGCUAUAUACCAUGUCCAUGUGCCCUGGUUCUGGCUGCGGGACGAGCGGUGGCACCGGUGGCUGGAGGAGAUCCUGCGCGACGGGGGGCGCUCGGUUCACGAGGCCCUCCAUCACAUCUACGGGGACGGGCCGUGGCUGCCGGAUGAUCGCGCGCAUGGCUAUGCGAUACCCAUUCGUUCGCGGCUGCUGCCCCGGCUGAAGACCAUCGUCUAUGGCGGCUCCUACAAGGCCUCGGUAAGGCUGUCACCUGUCGCUCACCAUCGUGACGUUAGCUGAUUGUUUUGCUCGUCUAGGUC